UGUAACUGAAUAGCGUCCGAAUAUCAGAGCGAAGUAUGCUGUGAAGUCCUCUGUACUGCGAGACAUGUCUACAUUCUGACGGGGAGCGAGAGAGAGCGAGCGAGAGAGAGAGAGAGAGGUCGGGAGGAAUGGGAGUGAGAGAGACUGAUCCUUCCUAAACGCGGUAACAUGGAGAAGAGGACACUUUGAUGUUUGCGCGCUGGUCCAAACAAGUGACAUUGCCGGCGUGUAACCACACUAGUUGUUGACUAUGGAGUAUCUUAACAUCUAUUCGUUAUUUCUGCCGUUGCGUAGAAUGUAUCUGUUCUGUCGUGCGUGUUGGUCCACAACAUUCUGAACGCUUAGGCAGUGAGAGGUGAUUUACGGUGUGCAGCAAAUAGCUUGUACCACAGAGACUGACUGCGGAAGACAUAGUCGUUGGUGUGCAUUUCUUGUGCUUAUGUCGUAGAUAUUUACUGCCUGUGGAUCUAAUUAAAACAUUUUGUCACUACUGCAUGACUGAAAGGAAACGUCAUUGCCUAAAAAUUGGACUCGUUCCCUUCGUUAUGUGUUGACAUGACUUUGAAAGCGGGCUUAUUUUUUGUCAACAGUAGCUUGCUAUAUGGGAAUUUUCAUCACCACUCCAGGUGUUUAUAACGACAAAGUAUUUCUCCGUAUAUUCGGACUAUUUGGCUCUAUCUGGACGAUAUACCAAAAUUAAUUUUUAAUCUUUAUGCAUUCGCAUGAAGAAGAGACAAGGAGAAAACGACGGAUAGCCUAUCCAGGGGGAAAGCGCGAGCGAGUGAAACGGAGGGAAGGAAGAAUGAAUGAGAUUCACUGAGAAACGGAGGAGAUUGGAGCAAACAAGGUUCCCCCCCAGAAAGAGGGCGUGAGGGCAGCAGCCCCCCCCCGCCCCCUGCCCCCUCACUGCCCACACAACUGCGCGCCCCGCCCCUUUCGGACCGCUGCUGCCAUCCUGCCGGCCCAAGCAUGGCGCUGCCAAUGUGGAUCCUGUGCACCUGCGCCAUCACGCUCACUCUCAACAUCGCCCCCUCUGAUCAAGCUUUGGGUCGCUCCAUGAUGCCCUUUGGCCUGAUGCGACGGGAGCUGGCGUGCGAGGGCUACCCCAUCGAGCUGCGCUGUCCAGGAAGUGACGUCAUCAUGAUCGAGACGGCCAACUACGGCCGCACCGACGACAAGAUCUGCGAUGCUGACCCCUUUCAGAUGGAGAAUGUGCAGUGCUACCUGCCUGACGCUUUUAAGAUCAUGUCACAAAGGUGUAAUAACCGCACACAGUGUGUGGUAGUGGCCGGGGCGGAUGCGUUUCCUGACCCGUGUCCAGGGACCUACAAGUACCUGGAGAUCCAGUAUGAGUGUGUGCCCUACAAAGUGGAUCAAAAAGUCUUUGUGUGUCCGGGGACUCUCCUGCGGGUCCAGGCGGCCAGCUCGCUCCAGGAGGCCGAGCACCAGUCUGGGGCGUGGUGCAAGGACCCGCUGCAGUCGGGCGACCGGCUCUACGUCAUGCCCUGGACGCCCUAUCGCACCGACAUGCUCUACGAGUACGCCUCGUGGGAGGACUUCCGCCAGAACCGAGCCACCACCACCUACAAGUUGCCAAACCGAGUGGACGGCACAGGCUUCGUGGUGUAUGACGGCGCGGUCUUCUAUAACAAGGAGCGCACGCGUAACAUCGUCAAGUACGACCUGCGCACGCGCAUCAAGAGCGGAGAGGCCAUCAUCGCCAACGCCAACUACCACGACACCUCGCCCUACCGCUGGGGCGGCAAAUCCGACAUCGACCUGGCCGUGGACGAGAACGGCCUGUGGGUCAUCUACGCCACCGAAUCCAACAACGGACGACUGGUGGUCAGCCAGGUCAACCCCUACACGUUGCGCUUCGAGGGCACCUGGGAGACGAGCUUCGACAAGCGGCUGGCAUCCAACGCCUUCAUGGCUUGCGGCGUGCUCUACGCCGUGCGCUCGGUCUACCAGGACGACGACAGCGAGGCCGGCGGCGACCUCAUCCUGUACGCGUACAACACCAACCGUGCGCGCGAGGAGCCCGUCCACAUCCCCUUCCCCAACCCGUACCAGUACAUCUCCUCCGUGGACUACAACCCGCGCGACAACCAGCUCUACGUGUGGAACAACUACAACGUCCUGCGAUACCCGCUCCAGUUCGGACCGCCCGACCCCGCCUCCGGUGAGCCCCAGGUGGAGAAAGAGAGAGUGAGGGAGAAGCACACACACACCACCUGCUCCUGUAACCACCUCACCAAUUUCAUUGUGCUCAUGGUCUAGCACGAACCUCAUUACCCAGGCAGCAUGCACGAGCUGAUCCUGUUUGUGAUCACGUGGGUGGGCAUCGUCAUCUCGCUGGUGUGCCUGGCCAUCUGCAUCUCCACCUUCUGCCUGCUGCGGGGCCUGCAGACUGACCGCAACACCAUCCACAAGAACCUCUGCAUCAACCUCUUCAUCGCUGAGCUCCUCUUCCUCAUCGGCAUCAACAAGACCGACUACCCCAUGGCCUGCCCCAUCUUUGCUGGCCUGCUGCACUUCUUCUUCCUGGCGGCGUUCUCGUGGAUGUGCCUGGAGGGCGUGCAGCUCUACCUCAUGCUGGUGGAGGUGUUUGAGAGCGAGUACUCGCGUAAGAAGUACUAUUACCUGUGCGGCUACUGCUUCCCCGCCCUCGUGGUGGGCAUCUCCGCCGCCAUCGACUACCGCAGCUACGGCACCAAGAAAGCGUGCUGGCUGCGGGUGGAUAACUACUUCAUCUGGAGCUUCAUCGGCCCUGUGUCCUUCAUCAUCAUGCUCAACCUGGUGUUCCUCAUGAUUACGUUGCACAAGAUGGUGCGCAAUUCCUCCGCCCUCAAGCCCGACUCCAGUCGCCUGGACAACAUCAAGUCCUGGGCUCUAGGUGCAAUCGCUCUGCUCUUCCUCCUGGGCCUCACCUGGGCCUUUGGCCUCCUCUUCAUCAACGAGAACACCAUCAUCAUGGCCUACCUGUUCACCACCUUCAACGCUGUCCAGGGCAUGUUCAUAUUCAUCUUCCACUGCGCGCUCCAGAAGAAGGUGCACAAGGAGUACAGCAAGUGUCUUCGCCACUCGUACUGCUGCAGCCGCACGUCCACCACCAGCUCCCACGGCUCCCUGAAGAACUCGGCGCUGAGGGCCAACAACCGCUACUACAGCAGCAGCAGCCAGGCACGACACGCCGCCGCUCACAGACAAAGCCGGAUCCGGCGCAUGUGGAAUGACACGGUACGAAAGCAGACCGAGUCCUCCUUCAUGGCUGGAGACAUCAACAGCACCCCCACGCUCAACCGUGCCACCAUGGGGAACCACCUCCUGACCAACCCAGUGUUGCAGACUCGCUCGGGCACUUCUCCCUACAACACACUCCUUGCCGAGAGCUUCACUCCCCCGUCUCCUGGAGUCUUCAACUCCACCGGGACUUUCCGAGAUCCAAAGAGUACGCUGGCGAAGACCCGGGACCCGUGUGGCAUGGAGACGCUCCCUCUCAACGGCAACUUUAACAACAGCUACUCGCUCCGCAGUGGGCCGGGGGCGGGCGGCGGAGCGGGCGGCAGCUGUGACUUCCUGGGCAGCGGGGUCAGGGGUCCCGAGAGCCCGCCGCCGCUGCUGAACCCGCGCGGCUCCGAGACGCUGGGCGGCAUCCGGCGGAACCUGUCGGACGCGGCGGCCUUCGAGAAGAUGAUCAUCUCCGAGCUGGUGCACAACAACCUGCGCGGCGGAGGAGGAGGAGGAGGAGGAGGCCAUGGAGGUGCUGGUGGAGACCGGCUGGUGUACGGCAGCCUAGCCAGGCAUGCUCACGCCCACAACGGCGGUGGGGGCAUGCGGGGUGGCAUGGGCAUGGGCGUGGGCAUGAUGGGCCCAGAGCCGGGCAUGCUGGGCCUGGAGGAGGACGAGGACUACCUGUGCGGCGGCGGGGGGGGUCGCCAGCGGACGCCGCCGGACGUGGAGCUGCUCUACAAGGCCCUGGAGGAGCCGCUCCUGCUGCAGCGCGCCCAGUCCGUGCUCUACCAGAGCGACCCGGACGAGUCCGAGAGCUACGCGGCCGACCUCACCGAGAGCCUGGGCCACAGCGCCGGCCCCGGGAGCAGUAGCCAGGGCGGCCACGGUGGCGGCAGCGGCGGAGGAGGGUGCGGCAGCAACAACAGCGGCAGCGGCGCCCCGGAUUCGCCGGCGCGGGACUCGCUCUACACCAGCAUCACCAACCUGCGCGACUCGCCCUAUCCCGACAGCAGCCCCGAGCCCCUGGAGGUGGUGCCACGCUCGGCACAGCCGCCCGAGGAGCUCUACUACGGCUCGGGCCGGCCGGCGCAGCUGGGCUCGCGCGGAGCGCCCAUGCAGACCUUCUACCAGGCGGCGGCGAGCGCCCCGCGCCGGCCCAGCGGAGAGGGGGGACACGGCGGAGGAGCACCAGGGCAGGAGCCGUCACACGGCGAGAACGGAGAUGGACAGAUGCAGUUGGUCACCAGCCUGUGACUAUGAGGAA